AUGCCUUCCUUUGCCGAAAACCCCUCGUCCGUAACCGUUCAAACCGCUUUUCAACUCCAGCACUUAGUUGAAGCUGGUCACAAAAACGCAGUUUGCAUUGACCCAAGCACACUGAAGAUUAUAAAAUCCAUCACCAGUUCUCAGCCUGGAAAGGAUGCGACCUCACUCCGAACACCCGAGUGGGCUAAUAGCAAAGAAGGCUUUCAAAAAAAGCUAUCCUCGUUCUUAGACGGAAUUGCAAACAAUCUGGAUGUCAAAGAUCUUGAUCUCUCAGAUGAUUUGGAUGAUAGUGAGGAAGAUUCUGAUUGGCGAGAAGGUAGCGAAGGGAGCGAAGUAGAAGAGGAAUACGAUUCUGAGUAUGAUAGCGACGAAUACACAGAGUCAGAGGACGAUCGCAAUACUUUGGAUCGAAUUAGCGAGGACGAAGACGAGGAUGAAGAUGCUGAGCCAAAGAAAUGCUUGGAUGCAAAGCUUGGUGAAGGUAUCAUUCUUCAUGAAAUCGUCGGCCGAAAAGUAGCUCGCUACGGAAACAAGGUUCUCAAAUCAGGACGCAAUCUUCAACUCUCCGAAGCAGACGCUAUGCGCUACAUCGCAACACAUACCAGCAUUCCAGUUCCUCGUGUCAUAGAAGCCACUACCGAUGGAAAACUCACUAGCAUCACUAUGGAAUACAUCGAAGGCGAACGCCUGGACAAAGUCUGGAACUCUCUUCCAGAAGAUCAAAAGAAAAGCAUCGCAAGUCAGAUCAAUGAUAUGCUGUUUCAACUCCGCGGCUUGACGGGCCGAUACAUCGGCGGUAUGAAUCGUUCCCCAGCUAUUGAUUCUCGACGCUAUGACCUCGAAGGUGGCCCCUUUAAGUCUGAAGCUGAAUUCAAUAAAUUCCUCAUUUCGGAUGCCUAUGCCCAAGUGCCCAAAUGUUUUCUGAAGAUGGCAGAACAUUCUCUUCUUACUAAUCAUGCCAUUAACUUUGCACAUGGAGAAUUGGCGCCAAGGAAUAUUCUUGUGAAGGAGGGACGGGUCGUGGCGGUAUUAGAUUGGGAGAAUGCCGGCUGGUAUCCUGAGUAUUGGGAUUUUGUGAAGAGCUUCAAUGCAAUGGAUAGUAGAUGUGGAGAGUGGUAUGAUUGGGUUGAGAGAGUAUUCCCUGUGGGAUAUGAGCAGGAGUUUAUGAAUGAUCGGUUCGUGGGAACGUUGGUCAGACAUGGACAUUCUUAG